AUGGCUGCGAUGACGACAGUACCGCCAACAACAACGACGAAUGGUGCAGAGAGCUACACCGUCACUCCUGCAGCCUACCCUGCGCGCACCAAGACGGCCUCGGCCACCAUUCAGGGCAUGGAGACGACGGUGACGAGCGUAGAUUUUGUCGACAAGAUACUCAUCACCGUCACACAGAACGGCCGGUUGGCCCACUGGGUGCAUGUGCCCCUCGACAUCUCUGCAACCGACGCCCCAAUGACUUCCAAUGCCUAUGUCGACGACGAAGAUCAAGGCCCCAAUUCCGACCUUCUUCCCAUGCACCAUCUCACGGCUACAACAAUCCUGGGUGGGACCAUGGCAGACCUCGAUGUUCUCGGACAGACGCUUGCAACUCAGAUUGCCAGUGCCGUCAAGACGCGCAACGAAAGAGAAACCCGCAUGGUGGUCCUUGGCAUGGGUUUAGACAAGAGCAUGACUGGAAGAGACAAUUUCGCAGAGCUGAUUGGCCUGAUACUGGAGGUUGUGUGA